GUGUAUGUGCGAGAGUGUGUGCUAUGCCUGCAGUUUGCCAGACAUCAGCAGCAGGUUGAGAACAAACACGCAGAGAAGGGAAGAGAGAGAAGGAGAGAAAGAGAAAGAGAACACACAAUACUACUAACAGAACUUUAUGCAAACCUCCGUCUACCUACAAGUCAGUGGAGCGAUGUUCCCAGCUGCCAGGUCCUUGCUGUUAUGUGCUUUGUGUCAUGGGUUGGCCGUGUGGGCAUUUGCACGCAUGCCUGAUGCGGUGGAGCUGCGAUCAGCAUUUUCUGUUGCUCGCACUAACAGUAUGGAGGGUGGGCCAAAGAUGGUCGUCACCUUUGACAAGAUCUAUGUCAAUAUCGGCGGUGACUUUGAACCAAAAACAGGAUUAUUUCGCUGCCGGAUCCCUGGAGCAUACUAUUUCUCCUUCACCGUGGGGAAGUUCCCACACCGGGACCUGUCUGUGAUGCUGAUGAAGAACCGGAAUGAGGUACAGGCAAUCAUAUAUGAUGACAACGGAGGUGAGGAACGUAAGGUCCAGAGUCAAAGUGCCAUGCUGCAGCUCGACUUCGGUGACACCGUCUGGCUACGUCUCCAUGGUGAUCCACGCUAUGCAAUCUAUAGCAACACAGGGCACUACACAACUUUCAGUGGAUACAUGAUUUACCCAGAUAUAUAUACUUUCCAAGAACACAAAGAACAGAUCAGUAACGAACAAGCAACAAUAUUCGCCCACCAUACAACACAGCAAGUAGACACAGAGGGGACUUUGAGCCAAGUAAAGAAAGAAGAAGAGAUCAAUGAAGAGAGGAGGGAUGUUGAGGAGGAGGAGGACCAGAGGUGUGCUUUCUCAGUUGGACGAACCCAGAGCAUUCUGGGCAUAGAUAAAGUUUAUCCUGAACACAAGCCAAUAACAUUCGACACUGAAUUUGUCAACAUUGGCAAUGACUUUAACGUGAGUUCAGGUGUAUUCAUAUGCCGUGUACCCGGGGCCUACUACUUUUCAUUUAAUGCUGGUAAGCUGCCACACAAGACCCUUUCUGUGAAGCUGAUGAAGAAUCACUUGGAGGUCCAGGCUAUGAUAUAUGAUGACAGUGAUACUGAGAAGGCCUUGCAGAGUCAAAGCCUGAUGCUGCAACUGCAAAAGGGAGAUACAGUGUGGCUCUACAGUCACCAAAGGGAAGGGUUUGGUGCAUACAGUAAUCAUGCAAAGUACAUCACCUUUACUGGAUUUCUGGUGUACCCAGAAGUCCCCCGAAGCCACCUUCAGCAGCAAAAGCAGGCAAGAGGUGUUUAAGUAGAACCAAGGCACAGAUCUCUCUGUGUCUAUCUGUGAUCAGAGGUCAGACUGACAAUGGGUUUGUCUGCAUGUGGACUGCAUCCAAAUACAUUAUUUCACUCUGUCAGCUCUUGUGAACUCAUGCAGGGAAACUUAAAGUUGUAAUCUUUCAGUCCUUUUCUGUGACUCUGAAUGUUUGCAGUUUCUCCUGAUGUGUCAUUCUUGUGGAGAAUCUAUGUUCUAAGCACAAAAGCUUAAUUAAAAAUAUUACAAAAUAUGUAUUACAGAUAUCGUGAGCAAAAAGUUGUUACAUGUAGUGUCACUGAUCCCCAAAGAGAUCUAUGCACUGAAAAUGCCUUGUCUCAGUAUUGUCUGCUGAGCAAAAAUUUUUACAACUAGUGGCACUUCAUUCAGUGUUCAUAGCUGAUAGAAAAACAUGAAAACAAAUGACCAGUGUAGAGCCCUGGGGCUGUGUUCACAAAAAAGCUAACAACAGAAACUUACAACAGAUAUAAAACAGGUUCAAAGUAAAAAAAAAAAAAUU